AGUAUUUGAUAGAGUAAAGAUUUUAGUGCACAUUUCUAAAUGUUAUUGUUGACUUCCGUGUAGCUAACCAAUGAAGGAGUUUUGGGUAAAACGCUCUGGCCCUUUAAGAAACCCGGACCGUUUCUAUGGUUACUGCUUGUACACAAAGAGCUAGCGGCUGAAACGGGAGAGAUGUGCUACUUUCACACUUUACCAGACUGCAACCAUGCUUGAGGAAUCUGAGCUAAGACCCCAAACAGGGUUAGACCCGUCCAUGAACCGUCAUCGACCUGCAUCAGAAAAUACACAGGACAUUUCACAUUUAUUGGCAAGCAUCUUCAAGGAUCUCUACACAACAGAGAUUAUUGGGAAAGACACAGUUGCCAUUCUCACCAAGACAAGAAGGGGAGACAACAACUACCAUGACAAAUAUGUGGAGGAUCUUCAACAGGUCCAUUCAGAGUACAGCCGUCGGAUGCGUGAUGCUGACAUGCUGGAGAACCACAUCAUUCAGGCUCGGGUCCAGGCCACGGCCACAGAGAGCAGGGCCCACACCAAGGUGGUGGAGGAGGUGGGAGAGGCCUACCAGCAGCUGGGUCUGCCCCCAGUCAGGUGGACCUUCAUGUGGUGUGUUGACAACGGCCUUCUGAAGAGUAACAACCUGAUCUGUCCUGAAGACUACAUCACAGGACUGACCCCGCCCCGCAAAGCCCCCAGAGCCAUGUCCCUCCCAGGCUUUGCCAAGCCGACGGUGUCCUACAACAGACACAUAUGCGACCUUCCCCAGGAUGAUGGCUACACAGCGGUCCCUCCCCCAGAGAGGACAACCCAGAGCUUGCUGGAGGAGUCAGAGACAUCCCUCACCCUUACCUGUAGCUCAGACACCUGCACCCCCCAAAGCCUACCUAGCCAGAAGGCGUGCCGAGUGAGGAAGCCUAAGUGGAUGAAUGAGCUGAGUGCUGAGAGCAGAGCAGAGGAGAGAGCUGGCCUUCAGAAACUACAGCAGAGACUCAAGUUCCUGCGGAACCCCAGAUUCCUUCCCCCCAACGCACAGCAGGGGGGCAAGUCGCUCAUCCUGUUUCGGGAAAAGGGAGACAGGGGAAGGAAGGGACAAGAGGAGGACGGAUCCCCAGCUGAGCCCAUCCCUGUGUUCCUGGCCAAUCCACCUGUUGUCUUCUUCACUGACUACAGAGUGGGACAGGUAUAUGAGACUACAGUGGAGCUGAGGAACGUGACUGCUACCAGCCGACAUGUCCGGGUCCUUCCCCCCACCACCCCUCACUUCUCCCUGGGUCUUGGCAGGUUCCCAGGCGAGGGGGGUACUGUAGCCCCUGGGAUGUCCUGCCACUACACGGUCCUGUUUGCUCCAGACUCCCUGGCUGACUACCAAGACUUCCUGGUGGUAGAGACUCAGGCCCAAUACCCACUGCUGGUUCCCAUCGAGGCCCGCAGACCGCCACCUAUACUGACACUGCCCAGUGUUCUGGACUGUGGCUACUGUCUGGUAGGAGGGGUGAAGUUCGGACAGUUCCUGUGUUGUAACGAGGGCCUCAGUGGUGGAACCUUCUGUAUCCUCCCCCGGAGACAGUGGCCCGCCUCCAACAUCAGGUCUGUAGUGACUGCCAGCUUUGCUGAGGAGCCCCCAUUUGCAGUCAGCCCCUCCCUGUUUGAGCUGCAGCCUGGCCAGACUACAGUGGUGGAGGUGGUGUUCUUCCCAACGUUGGCAGAUAGUUGCUCCCAGGUCUUCACCAUAGUAUGUGACAACUGCCAGGUCAAAGACAUCACUGUACAAGGUCAGGGCCAGCUGAUAGGUCUGGAGCUGGUCUGUGUGUCUGGGGAAGAAGAGGUCCCUGCUCUCGGAGAACUCUGUGACGUCACAGCUGAACACUCUGUCCGCUUCCCCCCUGCCAACCCUCACUCCGUCCAACAGAGGACCCUCACCAUCAGGAACAACACUCACUUGGAGCUGGCGUUCCAUUGGCAGAUCAUGCAGCCCAACUUGCAGCCCCUCCUCCCUGGGGAGAUCCCUGACCCCGCCCACAUCCAGUACCACUUGGCCAAUGACGACGUGUUCCACGUCAGCCCCGCCUCCGGCCUGCUAACCCCCCUACAGGACCAUGAGUUCCUCCUUACAUACCAGCCCCAGCAGUUGAUGGACUACCACAGUGUGUGUCACCUGGUCGUGAGGGACGUCCCAGAGCUGCCCAGUGAGGAUGAACCCUUGGACACCGCCCCCAAGGUGAACGAUGUGAUUGUCAUGGAGAUCGAGGUCAAAGGGUCGACCCAGGCCUACCAGGUCCUGCUGGAGCCUUACUCUAUUCAUAUCCCUGGAGAGGUGUUCAUAGGAACCACCGUCCGCAGGAGGUUCAAGAUGUGGAACAACAGCAGAUCCAGAAUCUCCUUCCAUUGGGAGAGGAGCGGUGACUGUCACAUCAUGGAGGUGGAGCCACCUGCUGGGGAAAUAGAGAUGAACGAGUGUUUUGACCUGGAGCUGGUUCUGACCGGAGGGCGACCAGGUGCCGUCAUAUCCAGACUGCUAUGUCAUGUUCAGCACCAUCACCAACCUGUUGCUCUGGCCAUACAGGUCACCUUCAAGAUCACAGUGCAGCCGUGUAAGGGAGUGCCCCCUCUGGCCUCCUGCAGUGUAGACAUCCUCUUCAAACCCCUGGUCUGUCAACACUUUGACACCGUGCUGGAGCUGGCUGUGGAGAAUGGCCAAGGAUGUCACCUGUCGGUGCAGGCAGAUGUCCAGUCUCCUCAAGUGUGUCUGUUAACCUGUGAUCUGGUAUUCUCUGAGCUCUAUGUCGGAGUUCCUGCCCAGGGAUCCAUCACCCUGAUCAACCAGACCCUGCUGCCUGCUCGCUACACCUGGACCAUGCUCCAGGGCCAGCAGGCGUCUCUGUGCUCGGCUAGUUUCACUCCCUCCUCUGGAACUCUGGGACCCAACGCCAAGAUGGACGUCACCGUGGCCUUCACAGCUCAGACUGAUAUGGAGUUGAGUGCAGUAGCAGCGUUGUGUGAGGUGACCGGGAUGAAAGAUCCUCUGGUUUUGCGAUUCUUCUCUAAAGCCCAGAGACUCAAUGUCUCCUACUCUCUACCUGGAGACUGUCCUGGAUUAGAUGAAGAGGACCCUGCUGCAUCGUUGGUUCUGGACUUUGGAGACAACGUCCUGUUGAAGCGACCAAUCACCAAGCAGCUGGUUAUAACCAAUCACACAGCAAUCCCAGCCCCCUUCACCCUGGAGGCGGAGUACUUCACUGGACACGCCCCCUCACCACCAGCCGGCCAAUCGCAGCAGAGGGGCCUGCAUGUAAGGAAGCCUUUACACUCUGUCCAAGCUAAGAAAGUAGAGGACAAGGCACAGGAAGGGUUUGUGAGUGGACUGUUGGCCCAUGGGAAGGGCGCAGCGUUCUUCGUCCAGCCAGACUGUGGCAUUCUGGGAGCGUUUGAGACUCAAACCAUUGACAUCACAUCCUUCACCAACAUGUGGGGGGAAUACAGAGACCAGCUCAUCUGUAAGGUGGGUGACCUCCAGCCCAAGCUGAUCCCCAUUCAGAUGACAGUGAUGGGCUGUCCUCUUUACUUCCAGAUGAUUGGUCCACAGCCAGACAGACAGAACCAGGGACCAAUCAUACGGUUUGGUACUCACGUCUCUGGAGGAGACACCGUGUCCCGCUCUCUACGUCUGAACAACACAAGCCCCUACGAUAUCCGUAUGGACUGGGAGAGCUACAACGUGGACCAGGAGGACAGGAAGCUGCUGGAUGUGGUGGUUGCCUACGGAGACGCCUUUCUGAAGGACGCAGACGGCAACGAGGUGGUUGGCGGGGCCAUGUCUAAUGAUACUCCGCCCACUUGGGACCGGAGCCACACACCCAGCACUGAGGGAACAAGCUCCUCCCUCAAGAGCAAGUCUGACCAUGAGGAGGAGGAGAAGGAGGAGGAAGGAGUUGUCCACUCGGCGCCUCCUCAGAAGAGGCUCUUCUCUGUCUUCAUCAGGCCGCAUGAAGGCAACGCCUCCGACUACCCAUACUGCAUCACUCCACAGCAGAUCGAUGUCCCAGCAGGGGGCAGCAGCACCAUCCACGUCUCCUUCACUCCCCUGACCCUGUCAGAACUGACCUCUAACGCUGCCUGUGUAUCCUUCGCUCUGGGCUUCAUGAGCCUUGACUCCAAGGUGUCCUCCUGUAUCCCGGGUAAGGUUCACAGGGCUCAGGGUCAGGAUCUGGAACCUCUCCGAUUGGACCUCCAGGCCUCCGUCAGACCUGCCGUCCUGUCAGUGCAGAUGGAGGAGGAAGAGGAGUGUCUGGAGUUCUGUGCUGUGGCCAGUGAUUUAAUACAGGGCGAGCCACACAAUGAGAUGGUACAGAGGAAGUGUUCCAUCACACGAACGUUCCAGUUGAAGAACAGAACAGAGAUGCCUCUGAGUUUCAGGCUGAGCACCCAGCCUCCCUUUUCUGUGCUGCAGCCACAGCCUGGAGGUGGUGCCGGGACAGCCGGCUGCUCUUCCCACAGCCUCCCACCUGGGGAGAACCAGCUACUGCUGCUGCAGCCACGACACAACAAGCAGGUGAAGGUGGCGUUCCACAGCUCUCUAUCCAUGCUGGCCUAUCUGAGGCAGUCUGCAGAGGAAGUCCCGCCCAGCGUGUCUCUGGUUACCAAUGAGAGUGGAGAGAGGAAGCUGAGGUUCCGGCAGACCCUGUCAGUGCAUUACAACAACAACAGUCUGCAGACCGUGCCACUCUGUGCCCACCUGUCCCUGCCCACUAUAAGUCUGUCCUGUGACAGUCUGGACUUCGGUACCUGCUACGUGGGUCAGACCCUGGUCAAGGAGGUCCAUCUUUCCAACCGAGGAGGCUCCUCUAGCUACUGGAGAGCUCUCAUAGAGUCUGGUGAGGAGGAGGAAAGGGCAGAGUUCACGGUGACUCCUGACUGUGGGGUCCUGAAGCCGUUGGAGUAUCCGGUCUCCUCUUGCACACAGCCCCUACAGAUCAGCUUCACUGCUAGCAACGAGAGGGAGUUCCAAGCCACCGCCGUAGUAAAGGGGGUCCUGGGGGAGCCUCCUUUAUCGCUACACGUCCAGGGAAGCGGCUCCUUCGACCAGAGAUUUGUAUCUCUACUAGCCGACAUUUAGCAGGAGUCUCAGAGGACAGGACUUUAACCUGAGAACACUGUCAAGAGUUUUGUGCACUCUUUGCAUGUAUUCAUCACGUAUUGUACUUAGUUAAUAGCACAGGAGGUUGGUGGCACCUUAAUUAGGGAGAAUGGGCUGGUGGUAAUGACUGGAGCGGCAUUAAAUACAUCAAACACAUGGUUUCCAUGUGUUUGAUGCCGUUCCGUUUGCUCCGUUCCAGCCAUUACUUGGAGCUGUCCUCUCCUCAGCAGCCUCCACUGGUGUAUGUGAUGUUACUGUGUCCGUUGUUGGUUUAUGGAAAUGAACAAUUCAACUAUU